GACUAAGGCAUAAUCAUGCAUACGAUGAGCAUCAUGAUGAGACCAUCAAUCAUCCACCAUGCAUCCUCCAUAGAUAUGCUUCCAAUGUGCCCGAUUUUCCCUGGGGAUUUCCCCGGUGAAUCCCUGACGACCCACACUACUUUCUUGAAGUAGCUAAAAUUUUAUUUUAACCAUUACUGCAGCCAAGCCAGCCACCGGAAGUUCAUAUAAAUUGUGGAUAUCUAUAUCCUAUUUCUCGAGCAACUGACGAUCCAAUCGCCGGAUCCAUUAGACUUUUGGCUUUGUACGUCAGUUAGAAUCACUGUCACUGACUGCCAGCUAGCUCUUCCUCUUUCUGAAGACAAGAUGUCACGUGUCCUAAUGAAAAGCGAUCUGUUGACAGAAAACAACAAGGACAUUCUAGAGAAGUACGUGUGUCCUAAAUGUGACGGGAUCCUUAGAGACGCUGUUCAAACCAGCUGUGGCCAUUGGCUGUGCCAUGGUUGUGCUGAAGAGAUAUUUGAUAAAAAAGAAACCGCAACCCCAUAUUGUCCAAGAACAGACUGUGGAGAGGAACUCACUACUGAAGAAGGAAGACCAUUUUUUCCUGAUAGAUUUGUUAGGAAAGAGAUUAAUCGUUUCAUAGUCGCUUGUAUUAAUUGCAAGUUUGGUUGCGGAUGGGAAGGAAUGAUGGGUGAACUUGGUAACCAUCUUGGGAACUGUGAACAUAACAAGACUGAAUGUAAGCACUGCAAUCAAGCAUUCUCUCCAUUGGAAUAUCAGUCUCAUGUUGAUCAAUGUCCUGAGAUGACUGUCACAUGUCCUCUUAAAGAUCAUGGGUGUGAAACAGAAGAGCAUCCUACUCCUGAGACUUCCCCUGGAAAAUAUGAUUUCAUCUCAUCCAAAGUUAAAAAACCCACCCUAAAGGAGAAUCACCUUUUGAUAGCAAAUUCAGCAUUACCAUCUCCUGUCAAAUCUGCUCACUCAUACUCUGAAAGUCAUGACCUUAUUGUAAGCAGUUGUGGUGAUAAAAAUUAUUUGAGAAGAUUUGUUCUUGCUGAACGCCCCAACGAGAUCUUGCAUGAUGAAAUCCCUGAGAGAAGAAGUAUGGAACUUUGUUAUGCUCCAUGUCAAGUCAGAGGAGAUGAUCAAGAUUUGCAAGACAAAAUAGGCCAACUAGAAAGGAACAAUACUGCUCUAAUAGAUAAAGUCAAUGAUGUAGAAUCUCGCAUUACGACUCUAGAGAGAGCUACCUUCAAUGCUACUAAGGUGUGGAAAAUUAAGCAGCUCCAACAACAAAUAAAUGAUGCUAUGGCAGGAAAUUGCACCUCAAUUGAUUCCUCCCCAUUUUAUUCUAAUCCCCUGAAUUCGCAUGGUUACAAGAUGUGUCUUCGCCUCUACAUCCUGGGGGAUGGUAUAGGAAAGGGCACUCAUAUGUCUUUGUUCUUUGUUGUCAUGAAAGGAGAGUUUGAUAACAUACUCCAGUGGCCAUUCACACACAAGGUGACCUUCAAGCUAAUCAAUCAGUGUGGUGCUCGUGAUAUUAUGGAUGUAUUCCAACCUGAUCCAUUCAGCCCUUCCUUCCAGAAACCAAAAUCAGAUAUGAAUGUUCCUUAUGGAUGUCCUCGUUUUGUGUCCAUAAAGGAACUAAUGCAAGGUGGAUUCAUUGAAGAUGAUGCCAUAUUCAUAAAAGCUGAAGUGGAUACUGCCUCUAGUAUCAAAAAUAACACUUUAUAACUCUCGUGCAGGAACAUGAAAGUUUGGUAGAUUAUAAACUUGUAUUAUGUUUUGUAAUGUAAUUUUAUAUAAAAUAAUUGUCACAUUAUUAAUAAUUUGUGAGCUUAUUAUUGUUAUUAUUACUAUUGGAUUUUUGAAAUACGACCUAAGAGGUCUAGUGAUUAAAUU